CGAGGCCACACGUCAGCCCGCGAAUCUCCGACCCGCUCCCCCUCCCGCCGCCCCCCGGCUGGUCCCCUCGUCUGCAUCCGGGUCCGGAGCCUUCCCGCAGCGGGCACGAUGCCGAAGAAGCAGUGACCCCCGGAGAGGCCGGAGCGCGGGCGCUGGGAACUGCUGCCAUGUCCCACCAACCACUUAGCUGCCUGACUGAAAAGGGGGACAGCCCCAGGGAAACCACAGGAAAUGGACCCCCGGGUCUAGCUCACCCAAGCCUGGACACGUUCACACCAGAGGAGCUGCUGCAGCAGAUGAAAGAGCUCCUAACUGAGAAUCAUCAGCUGAAAGAAGCCAUGAAGCUAAAUAAUCAAGCUAUGAAAGGGCGAUUUGAGGAGCUUUCAGCCUGGACAGAGAAACAGAAGGAAGAACGCCUUUUUUUUGAGAUGCAGAGCAAAGAAGCCAAAGAACGCCUAAUGGCUUUGAGUCAUGAAAAUGAAAAAUUGAAGGAAGAACUUGGAAAACUAAAGGGGAAAACAGAAAGGUCAUUUGAGGCCGCCACUGGGGACCCCAGGGUCCCCAAGGCAGAAGCAGAACAGGAAAUGGAACAGCUGAAGACCCAGGUGGCACGCCUUCAAGCUGAAAAGGCAGAUCUGCUGGGCAUUGUGUCUGAACUACAACUCAAGCUGAACGCAGGUGGCCCCUCCGAAGACUCCUUUGUUGAAAUUAGGAUGGCUGAAGGAGAAGCAGAUGUGGCAAUGAAAGAAUUCAAGACUGGUCCUAGGCGCACAACAACUGAGUCCAUUGACACGAGCAAAUCUGCAGAAGGUACCAGGAAUUACUUGGAGUUUGAGGAAUUAACUGUGAGCCAGCUCAUGCUUUGUCUGAGAGAAGGAAACCAGAAGGUGGAGAGACUUGAAAUUGCACUGAGGGAAGCCAAAGAAAGAAUUUCAGAUUUUGAAAAGAAAGCCAAUGAUCAUUCUGAAAUUGAGACCCAGACAGAGGAGAGCACAGAAACUGAGAAAGAAGAGGAGAAAAGCACAGAAACUAUUGGAAGUGAAGUGGAAACACUAAACCAACAAGUGACAACCCUGUUUAAGGAGCUUCAAGAGGCUCAUACGAAACUCAGUGAAGCUGAGCUAAUGAAGAAGAGACUUCAAGAAAAAUGCCAGGCCCUUGAAAGGAAAAAUUCUGCAACUCCGUCAGAAUUGAGUGAAAAACAAGAGCUUGUUUAUAAUAACAAAAAGUUAGAGCUACAAGUGGAAAGCAUGCGAUCAGAAAUCAAGAUGGAGCAAGCCAAAACAGAAGAUGAAAAGUCCAAAUUAGCCUGUCUACAGUUGACACACAACAGGCUUCUUCAGGAGUACAAUAAUGCAUUGAAAACAAUUGAGGAACUAAAAAGGAAGGAGUCAGAAAAAGUGGAUAAGAUGGUGCUGCUGGAACUAAAUGAAAAACUGGAACUAGCAGAAAAGGCCCUUGCUUUCAAGCAACUUCAAAUGGAUGAGAUGAAGCAGACCAUCGCCAAGCAGGAGGAGGACCUGGAAACCAUGACUAUUCUCAGGGCCCAGAUGGAGGUUUACUGUUCUGACUUUCAUGCUGAAAGAGCAGCGAGAGAGAAGAUUCAUGAAGAAAAGGAGCAGCUGGCAUUGCAGCUGGCAAUUCUGCUGAAAGAGAAUAAUGAUUUUGAAGAUGGAGGCAGUAGGCAGUCCUUGAUGGAAAUGCAGAGCCGUCAUGGGGCAAGAACAAGUGACUCCGACCAGCAGGCUUACCUUGUUCAAAGAGGAGCUGAGGAUAGAAACUGGCGGCAAGAGCAACAACAGAAUAUUCCAAUGCAUUCUUGCCCCAAAUGUGGAGAAGUUCUGCCCGACAUAGAUACCUUACAGAUUCAUGUUAUGGACUGCAUCAUUUAAGUGUUGGCGUUCACUUCCCCCAACUGUUGGUAAAUGUCAGAUUUUUUCCUCCAAGAGUUGUACUUUGGUGUUACUUGUUUUCACUCAAAUAUUUUGGCGCAUUGCUUGUUUCAGGAGAAAGAAGAUGGUUAUGUGCUAAAUGGGACAUGUUCUGUGGAUUCCUAUAAACUUACAAAAUAGAAUCCUUAACAUCCCACUCUCCUGAUCAUGAAUUCAUUUUUUUUUUUAAUGUUCAGUUUAUGUGGGCACUGAACUGUUCAUGCAGUUAAUGAGUGUGUGGCAUCAUGAGGCAGAGUAAAUGUAGUUAGAUGGAAGAAGCCUCUGACAGAUUUCAGGAACUUUUUAAGGAGGCAGGAAAAAUGAAGUGGUCGCAGAUUUAAUCAAGUAAAAUGUCUUUGAAAUUUAAAAUAAAUUAUAUUGUUAUUUUUCUUCCUCCA